AAGCCGUCUGGCCUGUUCGUGUCAGCAUGUACGCUAUCGCGGAGGAGGAAAUGUCAUCUCUGGAUGACGACUGCGAAGCCUUCAGUCUGCUGAAGGCUUCCUGGAAGUACCAGGCAAGGCAGUUCUUCCAGAACAGCACACUGCAUGGGGUCCGGUACAUCAGGCAGGAAUGCCGACCCUUCUAUGAAAGGUUCAUGUGGUUCUGCUUCACGCUGACGGGCGCCAUCUCCACGCUCAUCAUCAUAGCCUCGGUGUGGAACAAGUUCCAGACCAACCCCACAAUCACGGGCCUGGACACAGACUUCCACAACUGGGACGUCAUGUUCCCCGCUGUCUGGCUGUGUCCGCUCGACUCGUUCAACGAGUCUCAAGCUGACAAAUUCAUUCACACGAUGUGGCCAGAGACAGAAGAAGAAUCGAAGAAGUACAGACACGUCGCGCAGGUGUUGGCUAACUUGUCAUUCACCAAUCUGUACAGCAUUCGCGAUGUUCCGCCAGACGUAGCGACGAAGAAAAAAGAAAUGAAAAGAUUAUUAAAGCAGGUGGUGUAUCGCUGCGAGGACUUGCUGACGGACUGCACGUUUGCGAACCUGGGCUUCGACUGCUGCUCGCUGUGGCAGGCGGUUCACACGGAGGUGGGCCAUUGCUAUGCCUUCAACUCGCGGCAGGCCUUCCUCAGGAACCACUCCAAUGCAGAGCUAACUUUUUCACCUAAGACAAUCUCGGCAACGGACGAAAGCUGGUCACUCAAGUUUAACAUGAAGAACCUGAAGAUGAAGGGUGAAGACUCAUCGAGUGCCCCAGUCAAGGUGUACCUUCUUCCUGCAGAUGACAUCCCAGUAGUGGACAUCUUCCCCCAACACAUGUGGGAUCGUCAUGUAUCGAAACUUUCAUUCUCCUUGAAGGAAACAUACACCACCGAAGACACUCGACAGCUGUCCAUCAGCCAGCGACAGUGCAUCUACAAAGAUGAGGUGAAGCUGGACACCAGCCCCAUGUACACAUACACUGCAUGUAGAAGUGAGUGUCGCAUGGCCAGGGCCAAGAAGCUGUGUGGCUGUGUGCCUUUCUUCUACCCGUCAUCAGAACAAUUCAAGAAGUGUAAUCUCGAUGGACUUAAAUGCCUUGGGCACCAACCUGAGGGCGCGUGGCACCGCCUGGGCUGCAAGUGUGAGCUGGGCUGCGCUAACACCGUCUACGAGGUCGCUAAACUGACUGAUACCAGGUCAGUGCAUCCAGGACACUGGUAAUGGCGACACGAGAUCAUG